AAGUGGGAGUGUGCAGUGCCUAUAAAGUCACCACGUAGAGCCUGGCAUGGGGAGGUGCACCACUGGGUUCCUGCUCUCUGCUCAGCUGUGCUGUUGUGAUGGGGCUGCAGGCUGGGACACGCCAAUUCCAUGGGAACCUCGUCCUCCUGCCCGUGGUGGCGGUGAUGCUUCUCCACUGUGUGAGUGCAGGCCCAGGAAUGCCCACUGCCAGCUCGCGGAGUGUUCCUGUUGCAGGGUUCCCCGCAGACUGCAGCCACCUUCGCAAGACCAGCCCCAGCGGGGUGUACGUCAUCCAGCCGGCGCGGUCCCCCCCCCGCGUGGUGUGGUGCGACAUGGACACCGAGGGCAAGGGCUGGACUGUUGUCCAGAGGAACUCUCAUGACACUGAGAUCAUGUGGAAGCAGUCCUGGACCACCUACAAGUACGGCUUCGGGAACGUGCAGGGCGACCACUGGCUGGGCACCGAGUACCUGCACCUGCUGACACAGCAGGGCACCUACAAGGUCCGCUUCGUCGUGCGGGACAAAGCCAACGUCACCCACUAUGCUGAGUACGACAUCUUCAGAGUGGAGAGCGAGGGCAGCGGCUACCCGCUGAGGCUGGGCCGGUUCUCCGGUGAAGGGGACGACUAUCUGACCGGCUACUACCCCAAGAAGGGCGGCAUCCACGACAACAUGAAGUUCAGCACGGUGGACAAAGACCAGGACCAGUACAGUGGGAACUGCGCCAGCAGCUACGGGGGGUGGUGGUACGACAGGUGCCAGAACGUCGUGCUCAAUGCCCAGAAGUACAUCCUCUGGCCGGGAUUCUGUGAUAAAGGCGACUGCACAUCAUCCCUCAUCCUGGUCAAACCCACCGACGUGUGCUGACUGUGCCAGACGUUGGGGAAGUGCCACUGUCCGCAGCCCGGUGCCCCAUCCCUGUGCCUGCCAGCUCUGUGCCAGCCCUGCUGGGCGCCCUGUGCCACCUGCA